CAGGAAGUUGGGAUGAAAACAAGAGCGGAAACUGAUGUUAGCUAAAAAAAUGGACUAAAUUUAAAAGUAUCGUUAGUGUGUGUUUUUAAGGAGCCUGUAGAUGAUGUCUAACACGCCGAGGAGCGGAGACAUCAUCCACCUGAACGUCGGGGGAAAGAGGUUCAGCACCUCCCGACAGACGCUGACGUGGGUCCCUGACUCCUUUUUCUCAAGUCUUCUGAGCGGGAGGAUCUCGACUCUGAAGGAUGAAACUGGAGCUAUCUUCAUCGACAGGGACCCCUCUCUGUUUGCCACCAUCCUCAACUUCCUGCGGACCAAAGAGCUGUACCCCCGCUCCAUCAACGUGCACAUGCUCAUGCACGAGGCCGAGUUCUACGGCAUCACACCGCUGGUGCGUAAGCUGCAGCUGUGUGAUGAACUGGAUCGAUCGUCCUGUGGAAACGUGCUGUUUAACGGCUACCUGCCUCCACCAGUGUAUCCAGCGAAGCGCCGUAACCGUCACAGCGUGGCGGGGUCGCAGUUCAUGGCGGGCCGAGUUGCGCCGGCAGAGAGAGCGCCGGUCAGACGCAGCAACACGAUGCCCCCCAACCUGGGGAACUCUGGGAUACUGGGCAGAGCGAGCACCGAGGAGAGGACGCCUGGAGGUCAGUUAUCAGACACCGGCAUGGUUCGGAUCAUCUGUGGUCAUCACAACUGGAUUGCUGUGGCCUACGCACAGUUUGUCGUCUGCUACAGGGUGAAGGAGUCCACUGGGUGGCAGCAGGUCUUCACCUCUCCCCGUCUGGACUGGGUGAUCGACAGAGUGGCACUCAACGCCAAGGUGAUGGCCGGCUCGCUGGGAGACAACGACAAGAUGGUGGCUGUUGCCUCGGGGACGGAGAUCAUCCUGUGGGCCAUCUGCCCAGACGGCAACGGGAACGAAAUCGGCGUCUUCAGCCUGAACGUGCCGGUGGAGGCCCUCUUCUUCGUUGGUAAUCAGCUGAUCGCCACCAGCCACACGGGGAAGGUCGGCGUUUGGAACGCUGUCACCAAACACUGGCAGAAUCAGGACGUUGUUCCCAUCAGCAGCUACGACACCGCCGGCUCCUUCCUCAUCCUGGGCUGCAACAACGGCUCCAUCUAUUACAUAGAUGUGCAGAAGUUUCCUCUCAGGAUGAAGGAUAACGACCUGCUGGUGACGGAGCUGUACAGAGACCCGACAGAAGACGCCAUCACCGCCCUCAGUGUCUACCUCACGCCCAAAACUAGUGACAGCGGGAACUGGAUCGAGAUCGCGUACGGGACCAGCUCCGGGACGGUUCGAGUCAUCGUUCAGCAUCCAGAGACGGUCGGCUCGGGGCCGCAGCUCUUCCAGACCUUCUCUGUCCACCGCAGCCCCGUCACCAAGAUCAUGCUCUCUGAGAAGCACCUCAUCUCAGUUUGUGCCGACAACAACCACGUACGGACGUGGACGGUGACUCGCUUCAGAGGAAUGAUCUCCACCCAGCCAGGAUCAACGCCGCUCACCUCCUUCAAGAUCCUCAGCCUGGACGACGUGGACGGACACGGAGGCUGCAGCGCCGGGACAGAGAUAGGUCCGUAUGGAGAGAGAGACGACCAGCAGGUCUUCAUCCAGAGAGUUGUACCGGACACCGAUAAACUCUACGUCAGGCUGUCGUCCAACGGGAAGAGAGUGUGUGAGGUGCGUUCGGUGGACAGCACCUCCAUCACAGCCUUCAUGGUCCACGAGUGCGAGGGCUCGAGUCGCAUCGGCUCUCGGCCCCGUCGCUACCUGUUCAGCGGCCACGGCAACGGCAGCAUCCAGAUGUGGGACCUGACGACCGCCAUGGAGAUCGCUGGCAAGGUCGACAUCAGAGCGCUGGGCGGGCCAACAGAGGAGGAGCUGCUGGAGCUGUUGGACCAGUGUGACCUGGCUCUGACCAGAACGCCUGACAGCACGCCGAGAGCCUCCACCUGCAGCCUCCACUCUCAGCUCAGUGACGUCCUCAGAACGGAGCGGCUGCACUCUGCAGGAGGAGGACGAGGAGCUGGAGCUUCGGGUUCGUCAGCUUCACUUUGCGGCAGCCUCCCCCGGCAGCCUCCGCCCCCCGUGCCCCUCACCAAACCUAUCCGUGACCCCGCCCACUCCGGGCCGCAGAGCCUCGCCAUCCCGGCCUACUCCCACAACUCCACCUCCAACCAUAACGCCAGCCCGCGGCCCUCCAGACACCAGGACCGGGACAGGGAGUGGGGGUCUGUGCGCAGGGGGAGCUUUGUGGAGCGCUGCCAGGAGCGCGCCAAAGGUUCAGAGGCGGCGGCAGGCUCUGGGUUUGGGGUUCCAGCAGGGCUGGAGAGCGCCAGGCGGAGCUUAGCGGUGUGCACCGAGUUAGAGGCCAGAUUCGGCCACAGGACCCCCACCACCUUCUCUGUGUCGCCUGGUUCACGCCACUCCCCAGGAACGCCUUCAUCCCUGUCAUCAGCAUCGUCAUCUUCGUCACACCACAGGGCCACGCCCACUCCCCCAACAAGCCCCACCCCCGCAGCUGUGAGCCCAACUCGUUCUCAGGCGCCUGCUUCACCCCGCCGAGGCGCUGCUAUGCCUCCUGCUGACGUCCCAGUGUCCCCUGAGAGCCCGGCGAGUCCGGAGAGCCCCGCCGCCGCCGCCGGCCCACCCACCAGCCCCAAACCACACAUGAACGAGACCAGCUUCUGAUUGGCUGUUCAGACCAAGACUCUGCAGACACAUGAAGGAGAGCAGCUUCUGAUUGGCUGUUCAGACUGAGACUCUGCAGACACAUGAAGGAGAGCAGCUUCUGAUUGGCUGUUCAGACUGAGACUCUGCAGACGGUCAGAUGGAACCAACAGAACGUUUGGUUUUCUGUCGUCACACUGAGACAUGAAUGUCUGAACAGUUUGCGGCAGGUUUGUGACGUCUUCAGUAGCCAAUCAGCUGCCACAUAGAGCUCUGUUGCCAUAGUUACCACAUGCUGGUUAGCUGUUUCCUGACUUCAGGAUCAAGACUAAUUAACUAACUAACUUAAGGAAGUAAAAUGGUUCAUAAACAGCAGAAAAACAAAUCAAAGUUCCUACAUGAUCAAUAAAUCAAUCGACUGUAUCAUGAACAGACUCACUCACAGACCUUCAGUCGACCCAACAGCACAAACACAGUUUACAGUUAUGGCGACGGCAGAUUAACAUAAAUAUUAGGUCAUUUUUUAAAUACUGGAUCAGAAGUUAACACCGUAUUUUAUCAGCUGUAGCCGGCGAACGUAAUCUAAUGUCGUGUGUUAACGCAGGCGUCCUGCGUCUCUGAUAGGGAUGGGUAUUUUAAAAAAUGUCCAUGUUCGAGGACUCGCAAGAACAAACUCUACUAUCAGAAUCAGAAGCAGGUUUUCACUUACAAAGAAUUUGGGGUUUUUUUGUAGCAAAAAUAAACCUGUGAAGAGCAAGUAAAGAUAAGGUGAAGUACUGAUAGAAAAGUUAUAAUAAAGACAUGAUAAAGAUACUUUAAGAAGUACUACAGCAACCACUGUGAAGUGCUGUAAAGUUUAGUUGAUUCAAAACACCUAAAACACACAUUACACACACAUUAAACGCACAUUAAACACAC